AUGUUGGAGCACGGACCAGGAGGAAGCAUAGCGAUGUGGAUUCCUUCACAAAGUGCAUUCAGGAACUUCUUCCGCGGCAAUAGAACCGGGAGUUACAAGGGAAAUGCUCCCGGUUCUAUUGCCGCGGAAGAAGUUUGCUUUUGCAUCUGCGGAAACAAAAUCCACGUACAAUUCUGUAUGUGUCGCAGCAUUGGUGAAUUCAACCAGGAAAAGCAUCUUAGAAGGAGGCUGCGUCGUCAACUGCAACAAGAUUACGAUAACGAGUGGACGUCAAGAGCGAUAGAAUUUGAAAAUUUGUGGGAGGACAAGAACCCGCGGAAAGCCUAUGCUCUACUAAAACAGUAUAGCGGCAAAAUGAAAAGAUGUUCUCCUGUCCUCAACACUGCUAAUGAAGUAGCCGUCGGUGAAGCAACCCUUCCAAUUUGGAGGAAGCAUUUCAAGACCUUGCUGAACCGGCAAGCACCGUCGGCCCCUGAACUCGAGCACGUCCAUAGGCCGACAUAUUAA